AGAGGAAGAGAAUAUGUAUAAAAAAAGAAAAAUUUAGUUUGGAGCGAGAAAAAAAAGUAGAGAGAGAAAGAGAGUUUUCCCUCAUUUUCGAGAGAGAGCAAAUUUUGGGAGAGAGAGACAGAGAGAGGCUCCAAUUAGCUCACACGAAGGUUGAUUCUCGGAGACUCAUUUCAACGAUUUUUUUCUUCGGAUCAUAGAGAGAGAAAGUAGAGAGAGAAACAGGGUAUACGAUUCUUUAUUUUAUCUGUAUUUAUUCUUAUUUACGCGUAAUAAAUGGCAAGAUAUGUAUCAGAUCCUCCGUAAUAAUAUAUAGUAGGAAGCUCAUCUGGCUUUGUUCUCUGGAACCCAAAAUUUUGGCACAACUUGCUGGUUAGUAAUCAGAGCAAAAGUUUCUCUGCAAUUACUGAGAGAAAUUUUACAGAUUCUUCGGAGUUCGCGUUUGAUUGUACAGCCGAUUGAUCGUUGUGGCGGCGAUGGCCGAGCGGAGAGAACGUACUGUGGAGGAGUUGUACAAUGCGACCGAGUCGAUUGCCGAAGCGGAGAUAUCACCAGUCUUGAGAGGGAGUUAUCGGAUGCAAGGGCCUGUAGAUGAGAAAGAUCAUGAUAUUGAAAAGAACAUGUUACUGCCUUGGUUUUUAUCAGGCAUCUUCUCAACCUGAAACAAAAUUUGGGAAGUGUACCUUGAGUAAGAGGGGUCAUAUGAGAGGCGAGUCUGGGACUUGUAAUGUGUGCUUCGCUCCUUGCUCAUCUUGUCUGCAUCUGAACCGAGCUCUGAUGGAGUCAAAGGCUGAGGAGUUUUCUGAUGAAAGCUGUCGUGCAAAUGCUACUAGUCAGUAUUCUCUUAAUGAGAGUGGUCCCUUAUCUUCUAUUAAGAGUAGAGCGUCUGAUUGCUUACAGCAUGCCACCAGUGAAACCAGUAACAUUCUCAGUGUUAAUUCUGGUCAUGAUUCUUUCUGUGAAAAUGCUGAUAGUAAAGCAACCUUAAGGUCUUCUGUGAUAUCUGAUGCCUCAGAAGAUCUUGAGAUGCUUCCAAAGCUGGCUUCUGGAGGAAGUAACUCAGAUGAUCAAAUUUCGUCCAAAGCACAAUGUGUUUUGGAUAAGAGAAACUUCUCAAAUAAGUAUGAGGAAAUUAAAUCAGAAGAAGGUCAUGAUGAUAGCACAUCAUGUGUGAGUGGAGCGAAUGAUGCGAAUGUAGCAAUUAGUAAUCACAACAGGAAUAUCAGUAGUAAAGCUUUAGUUGGUACUUUAGGUCCGGAGGGAUCAUGCAAGGCAACUCAAUUCAACGAGUUUGGCACAUUAGAGUUCCCUAUUUCGAAAGAUGCAGAUGCUAGCAGUAGCACACCGAAGGUGCACAGUCCAUACUCCCAUUCUCACAGUGGAAUAUCUGGUAUAUCUUUUUCUUGCAAUACAAAUUUUAUGGAAAAGAGUCCACCCUCUCAUAUUCAGGAUAAAGUUCUGGAGUGCUCUACGGAACAUAUUAAUUUGUCAUUAAUUAAAGAGGCAGCAUCCGACAUUGUUUCUGUCCAGAAAUCUUUUGCAAAUAAAGGUGGCCUUAUUUGUGGCAGUACUGAGGUUUCCAUGAAAAAAUUUCCGAAGUCCGAAGCAGAGACUAAGAUGGAUAGCGCGGACUCACCAAAGGAAACUUUGAAAACUUUAGGUGAGAAUGAGCACAAUGUCAGGUCCAUGGAAUUGGUUGAGUUACCUGACAUGCAUGAGCCUCCUUUGCAAUCUGUUUCUGGGGAUGGAAGUGAUGAGUCGGACAUUGUGGAGCAAGAUGUAAAAGUAUGUGAUAUUUGUGGGGAUGAAGGUCGUGAGAAUUUACUUGCGAUAUGUAGUAGGUGCAGUGAUGGUGCAGAGCACACCUAUUGCAUGCGAGAAAUGCUCCAAAAACUUCCUGAAGGUGAUUGGCUGUGUGAAGAAUGCAAAUCUGCCGAGGAAUCUGAAAAUCAGAAGCAAGGUUCAGAAGUUGAGGGAAAACGAACAAACAAAGUCAUUUCCAGUACGCAUAUUUCUGGCAAGAGGCAUGCAGAGAAUAUGGAAGUGGCUUCAGCAAAGCCCUCUAGCCCCAGCAGAAUAGUUAUAGGAUCACCAAAGCCCUCAAGUCCCAGCGGAAUAGUUACAGGACCACCAAAGCCCUCAAGUCCCAGCGGAAUAGUUACAGGAUCGCCAAAGCCAUCAAGUCCCAGCAGAAUAGUUACAGGAUUGCCAAAGCCAUCAAGUCCCAGCAGAAUAGUUGAACUAUCUCGAGCUUUGUCAUCCAAGAGCUUAGAUAAGGGAAAAGUAAAGUCUGCUGAUCAAACGUCUCUUUCCAAUCAUUCCUGUAAUGAUAUUUUUGAAACUGCACGCUCUUCUAUGACCGGUGCACGGCUUCAAAAACCCAAGGGUACUUUCGUAAAAUCCAAUUCAUUCAACACCUUAAAUUACAAAACAAACACUAAACUUGUAGAUGAAGACUUUCCUCAAAAGCAGAAGGGUGCUAGAGAACAUACCUCCAUUGAGACGAAUGAGGGGCGUGCCCGAAGGAUAAGCAAAUCUAUAUCAUUUAAAUCUGCAUACUCAGGAUGUACAAAUGCUGCUGAAUCAAAAGUUAAAAUGCUUUCAUCUAAAUUUAUUGAUGUUCAAGAUCUAAAAGGAUCGAAACAAGCAAAAGAACGUGGUACAUUUGAAAGAAAAAAUUUAUGUAAACAGGAUCGUCCUAUGGCCAGUUCAACGACAACUAGUUCCACUGUUUCAACACCUAAGGUUGACCAAAAGCUCACGUCUCGUGGUGAAACCAGUUUGCCUUCAUAUUUAAGCAACAACCGAGAGUCAAAGGCUGUCCAGUCUGAUGGGAAAUUAAGUUUAUCAAAAGUUUACAGCAGUCUAGGUCGUAAAGGUGUAGAAAUUCCAGUUACUUCAGUUGGAGCUUCAUCUACUAGUGGGAUGUGCAGUUCUGCUGCUGAACAAAAGUUGAAUCAAGUUGCCGUUAAGGAUGAACCCUUAUCCACUCAUUUUUUGAAUGAUGGGAGACCAUCCAAUUAUGCUGAUGGAACUGUGCAAGAUGGCUUGCCUCAGUCCCAGGAGAUAACAAAUCAAUAUGAGAAAACUAGGGAGGGCAGUAUUCGCCCAAGGCCUACUGCUACAAGUGCCUCCAAAAGUGUUUUCUGCCAAAAAUGUAAAGAUACUGGGCAUGCUGCAGAGUUCUGCACAAUCAGUAUCCUGCAGGCUUCUAGUACUGAUGCAUCUGCCGCAAGAAGUUCUAAAGGGGAAAAGCAUGAAGGCAGCAAGUUAAAAGCUGCAAUUCAUGCUGCUUUGCUGAGAAGGCCUGAAAUUUACAGGAAGAAAGGAGUACUUGAUCAACCUGAUGACUUGUCCGUGUCAAACACAGAUUUGAAUUACAAAAUAGCUUCUCAGGAUCAAUUAUUGGUUUCGAAUAAAUCUAAGGAUAUUGUCUCGUCUGAAGGAAGUCAUGAGAGGCAAGCUAUUCUUGGGAGUUCUAUCUCCGACUCAUCUAAACAGAUUACCGCCAACACUUUGAAGCAGUUUGCUUCAAACCGAACUGAUGCUUUUUUGUCCAAACUGGGGGGCUCAUGUUCAACCAUUGUUUCUGUUGGAAAGCCUAUAAUAACAGAUUUCUCUUGUCAAGCUUCUAUAACAUCUGUUCUCCUGAAGACGUCAAUCGUUCCUGAAUAUGAAUAUAUCUGGCAGGGACGUUUUGAAUUGCACCGAGGUGGAAAACUUCUGGAAUUAUGUGAUGGAGUUCAAGCACAUCUAUCAACUUGUGCAUCACCAAAAGUUCUCGAAGUGGUGAACAAGUUUCCCCACAAAGUCUCCCUACAUGAAGUACCUCGCUUUAGCACCUGGCCAUCCCAGUUUUUUGAAAGUGGUGCUAAAGAAGAUAACAUUGCUCUAUACUUCUUUGCAAAAGAUCACGAGAGUUAUGAGAGAAACUACAAGAGCCUGUUGGAUAAUAUGAUCAAGAACGAUUUAGCCCUGAAAGGAAACUUUGAUGGCAUUGAACUUUUAAUAUUUCCGUCCAACCAACUUCCUGAGAAGUCACAGCGUUGGAAUAUGUUGUUUUUUCUAUGGGGUGUGUUCAGGGGAAAGAGGGUGGAUUGUACUGAUUCGACAAAGAAGUUACAUAUUCCCAGUUUGAAUGUGGUACCACCGGACAAAGAUGUUCCGCCCGCUGUUGUGAUCAUGUCCGAGAAGCUAUGUUCACCAAGGUGUAUGGAUGAAGAAUUACCGGGGUGUGACAGAUCUUACAAUAUGGUCAUAACAUCCAAUGCUCCUAAUCAGACUAUUGCCACAGUAAGUGGGAAUUAUGAUAAUCCUGUAACUUCCAUUGAACAGGUGUGUUCAAGAUACCAAGAAAAUUCGGAACAUCAUGAUAGUAAACUUGACUCCAAAUCCAUUUCAAAGAUAGGAGCAAGCGGUGUGCAGUUAGGCCCAGAAAUGAGUCAUAGCAGUGGAUCCUCGAAAGAGCUGAUUCUUCCGGACAGAGUGGAGGCAGAGCUUGAAACCUCAAUUCAGGUAUCAGAAAAGAGUGGCUCCAACAAUGGUGACAAGGUAGCAAUGCAUUGGGAUAAUUCUUCUCGUAGAGAAAAUAAGACGUCUUUGAAAAUUCUUCCCCUUAGCCAUAAGGGGGUAGGCGUCUUGGGGAAUGUUCAGGAUAGAAUGAAUGGAGCCCAGGAUCAAGUUAAAUUUGAGAGGGAAUUGAUGGGAGAUGUUGGGUAUGUGGAUAGGGAGGCAGCUAUGGAGAGAGACAUGACCAAUCAACGGAAACGCCCCUACUCUGAUCUUUCAGAGACUCCUCCCCAGACUUCUGGCAUGAGUCAGUGCAUGCCCUGGAAUGAAGCAAGUAGAAUGAUGGUUGAUGGAGAAAGCGGUGAUGAAAGGCUGAAGACAGGUCUUGGUUUUAUGUUUGGACAUAAAAUUUCUAGGGGUAGAAAUUCUGGGAAUGAUAAAUUUACAUCUCAAACAAUUGAUCCUGGUCCCUGUUCGUCCGUUGAGAAGAGAUGUGACGAAGCUUGUGAUGAGAAAGUUAUUUUAGAGGAUUUUGGAAGUCAUGAAAGGUAUUUUUUUCCUGUGGAUUCACAUCGAGCAAGUGAUUUUCGAUCCAGGGAGAAUUCAAUGCCCUGGGAAAAGCUCCCACCUGAUGAUGAUGAUAAAUUACAUGAUGGGGUUCCAAAUCUUGAGCUUGCUUUAGGGGCUGAGACGAAGCCAGCAAGUAAAGGAAUGCUGCCUUUCUUUGUUGGGGAAGUAGGCAGAAAAAAUAACCAAGAUAAGGCCCCGGAUAAGGCGAAGGAGCAGGAUGAGGAUGGUGUUUCUGCGUCCCUCUCCCUUUCUCUCUCGUUCCCAUUUCAAGACAAAGAACUGACUGUAAAACCUGUUUCAAAAACGGAGCAGCCCCUGCCCGAAAGAAACAAUUUGAGUAACUCACGGCUGCUUUUCGGUGGCUUCCGGGACAAAUAGAAGAGUGGCAAUGUUAGCAUUAUGUACAUUAGAGUGCCCCCACAUGGUUGGGGUGAAUGUGUACUUGGUCGUGCACGCUGAUCUCCCCGGGGCAUCAUAGGUGAAACCUAUUUUCCAUAUGUUCAUACCCCAUACAGGAUUUUCCAUUUUUUGUUUUCAUUUUGGUUAAUUUCUUUCUGUUUUUCUUUUAGAGUGCAUACCUACGACUAUCUGUAUAUAAAGAGAAUGAUAGCAGGCAGACUUGUCAAAAUGUCAGUAGGACUUCGCAAACCAAACGUGUUCAUCGAAAGGAUUUCAUGUCA